CUCUGCCAAGAGGCUAAAAUAUUUUGUAUUCCAUUCAUAUAUACUUUAUUUCAUAAAUUGAAGUGAUAACGGCUCUAUCGGCGUGUUUUUAUUUGUCCAGUGAAAUGAGUUGCCCUUUGACCUUCCUUUAAAACAUUCGCCCUUUGCGCUACAUGGUUACGCUGGACAAUAGUAGUUGCAAGACAAUUCAAAGGGGUCGGCAAAUGACUGCUGGAACUGUCUGCAUAGUGGGACUGCUGCACGCAAAUGCAUCGUGGAAGUAGCCAUUAGCAUACCAGCUAGUCACCAAACUCGCGUUUGUGCAUGUGGAGGAAGUAGGUGUGCGCUUCCUAACGUUUUGUUCAGCGCACGUUGCUGGACCUGAGAUUGAAGAGAGCGGACGGCCUCCUGUGCGUUUGGGUUGUGACCGUUUUUUUGACUGACUGACGACAACCUGAGGAUUGCCCGUACAUGUGCCUAGAUUUGCUGCCAAUAAAGAAAAAGCUGCCAUGGAUCCGGUCCAACCAACCACAGUACCAGAGGGGUUCCGCUACGAGACUCGCUACGUUGUCCUCAGUUACCUUGGCCUGCCACCUGCCCUACGACCGUCAGCAGCGCGACCCACCUCUGCAGAAGGUGGUGAUUUGCAAGAGGAGCAAAGAGAGAGAAACAGAAGAAUAAAGUCAGAGAUCGACUCCGAGUUGAAUCUACUGGAGGAGGAGAUUGCAGCCUCGUCCUCCACAACUGGCUUUGACCGCCUGUCCUCCCCGGUGUUCAGCCCUGCCCAGGGAGACAGUUCUGUGGAGGACAGUCUGGCCGUGCUGGGGGACCGCGUGGCCCAGGACCUGGAUCCGUAUCUGGCCAACGCCACCCACACACUCCUCAGUGGUUCACUAGACUACGAGAGCUUUAGGAAUGCUGUUCAGGACGUGUGCUCCCACACACAGGAGGGCUGGAACCAGGUGUUGGUGCCUUUAGUGUUGCUGCAGCGGUUACAGGAUGAGGGCGAGUCUGUUGCCACAGUGCUCUCUUUAGGGAUGCGCUUCCUGGAGGAUGCACAGGCCGACUUCAUCAUCCAGCAAGGAGGAUGGGGUGCUGUGUUUAGCUUGGAGGAAGCCGAGGACACUGGUGUGAUCAUCGCCGAGGACAGCAACGACAUCUACAUCCUGUCGGGCGAACAGCUCCCCCCUGACCACCUCAGUCCGCCGGCAUCGCUCCUGGCAACAGCUGAGAGCAGUGGUCCCGCCUCGUGGCAGACAGAGAGCUUGGCCGCGUCGCUAGUGUCGGGACACGAGUCGUGGGCACAGGUGGGCAUAAUGGAUCCUGAGGAUGCUAAGAGCCUGGACAGCAACGAGGGGGUGGUAGCCCUGGCAGAGGAGCGCAGCGAAAACAACUCCUCUAACUCGGACAUCGUCCACGUGGAGCGUGAGGAGGCGGAGCUUCUGGCCGAGGGGGAGGAGCUCCAGGAGAGCAUGAUGAGCGUGCUGGGUACGGAGAGCGAGCUGGCAGAGCUCAGGGCCGAGCAGAAGCAGGAAGAGGAUGGAGCCGCCGCUGUUGCCGCUGCCGCCGCCCCACUAAGUCACACGGCGCUUCUCCCAGACGCCCCGCAGCCGCUGCUGGUGCUGGAGGAGCCCGUGGUCUUGGAGGCGCCCGCCAGCUUGGAGGCAGUGCCCUCACUUCCAGUGUCAGCCGCCACAGAGGCACCGCCAGAACCUGUCCCUGAAUCUAAACCGGAGCCCCCUGCCCCUGUUUCUGCCCCGGCCCCCGAGCCUCCACUAGAAGCCCCCAGUGCGGCCCCUGUGGUAGAGUCCCCUCGCCCCCCAUCUCCUGUUGCCCCUCCUGCCCCUGUCCCUGCCCCAGAGCCCCAGCCUGAGCCAGCAUUAGAGCCAGUACCAGAACCAGUACCAGAACCAGUAGUGGAGCCCGUGGUGAUACCAGAGCCUGUGCCCGUACAAGAGGCACAGCCCGAGGUCCCCCCAGAGGUACCAGAGCCCACACCAGCAGAAGUGGCAGCUGCACCGGUCCUGGAGUCCCCAGUUCCUCCACCGGUUGAAGUUCUGGUCCAGACACAAGCAGCAGAACCAACAGGCGAGCCGGAACCAGAGCCAGAGCCUGAACCCAAGCCAGAGUCAUCGGAGCUGCCUGUCCUGCUGUAUGGCGGCGCCGCCCUGGUGCUCAUGGCAGCAAUUGCAGCCUAUGGAGUGCUGGCCUACAGGAAGAAGUAGCACAAAUCACUCCAGCCCCUGCCCUCCUGCUAUCAGCCUGCUCUCACCAAUCCACCCCAGCCUACCCCUCCCUACCGGACCCACCGAGAUCUCGGCUCGGAAACCUGGCGGCUCUGGUGCUCCGAAGCACCGGGCGCUGUCUGAAAUGUGCCCUCUUGCCACGCUGGGACUGUCUCACCUCCGCCUACCUCCCGUACUGUUACCCUCCAGUCUCCAGUCAGGCCUGAUGUGUCUCAUUUGCCACAGUCUCGUGAGGUGUAGAGUGUAUGGUUUAUGAUUUGUUGUAGAAAACUGACACUUUGUCACUCCUGUCCAGUUGGAAGAGAACAUUUCUUGUUUGCCUCCUCUGGGUUUAUUUAUGUCAUCAUGUGACCACUGUUGUUGUUGUGGCUAUUCACGUGUGUGUGUGUGUGUGUGUGUGUGUGUG